CCGCUCCGCUCCCGCGUCGGCCUGCGCUCCAGCUGCGCCCGGCCCGGCCCCGGCCCGGCCCGGCCCCGGCCUCCGAGCGAAGGCGCCGCUGCCGCCUGGGCCGCUCCCAGGGCCAUGAGGAGGCGGCGGCAGCCACUGCGGCCCGCGUCAAGGUGACCGGCCGUGACUGCGGCGGCAGCGGCGGCGAGAGCGGGCGGCAUCAUUUUUCUAACACUUUGUCCACUAGCAUUUGAAGAUUGUUUCCCCAUUAGGCUGUCGCAGCAAGCACCCUGCUGUAGGAUGUAAUAACACUGUGUGACCAACAGCCACUUCCUUGUGACUCCCCUACUGCUUUGCAGAGCAAGCGUCUGCACUGCCUCCUGCCCUGAUGAUCUGAGCUGCCUCAAGGGGUGAUUUCUGACAUACAAUGGAGGAGUCACAGGUGAGAUGUACCUGCCUGCCGGCCCAUCUGUCCAUCCAUCCAUUCAUCCACCCAUUUAUCCAGUCGUUGUUCAGGGCCUGCGGAGCGCCAGCACUAUGCUGACUGUGGGGCUACAGUAGAGGAGAAAGACAGGACUUCUCCAGACGGGUUAUGUCACCGACAGAGGCUGCCCUGAAGCUCCCUGUGGCCUGGAGACUAUGUACAAGAGGAAUGGUCUGAUGGCUAGCGUGUUGGUCACCUCCGCCACUCCACAGGGCAGCAGCAGCUCAGACUCUCUGGAGGGCCAGAGCUGCGACUAUGCCAGCAAGAGCUACGAUGCCGUUGUCUUCGACGUCUUGAAAGUGACUCCCGAGGAGUUUGCUAGCCAGAUCACAUUAAUGGACAUCCCUGUGUUUAAAGCCAUCCAGCCGGAGGAACUAGCCAGCUGUGGAUGGAGUAAGAAGGAGAAACAUAGUCUCGCCCCAAACGUUGUGGCCUUUACCCGGAGGUUUAACCAGGUCAGCUUUUGGGUUGUACGAGAAAUUCUAACAGCACAGACUUUAAAAAUAAGGGCAGAAAUCCUGAGCCAUUUUGUGAAAAUAGCCAAGAAACUCCUAGAACUCAACAACCUUCACUCUCUCAUGUCUGUGGUGUCGGCAUUACAAAGCGCACCCAUCUUCAGGCUGACAAAGACCUGGGCUCUUUUGAAUCGAAAAGACAAGACCACCUUUGAGAAAUUGGACUACCUGAUGUCUAAAGAAGAUAAUUACAAGCGGACUCGGGAAUACAUCCGAAGCCUGAAGAUGGUUCCCAGUAUUCCCUAUCUAGGGAUCUAUCUUCUGGAUUUAAUCUAUAUUGAUUCUGCAUAUCCUGCCUCAGGCAGCAUUAUGGAAAACGAACAAAGAUCCAAUCAGAUGAACAAUAUUCUCCGAAUAAUCGCAGAUUUACAAGUCUCCUGCAGCUAUGAUCACCUCACAACCCUGCCCCACGUGCAGAAGUACCUGAAGUCUGUGCGCUACAUCGAAGAGCUCCAGAAGUUUGUGGAAGACGACAACUACAAACUGUCGCUCAGAAUUGAACCAGGAAGCAGCUCUCCAAGACUCGUCUCUUCAAAGGAAGAUCUUGCAGGCCCCUCCGCCAGCUCCAGUUCCGCAAGGUUCAGCCGGCGGCCUACCUGUCCUGACGCAUCUGUGGCUGGCAGCCUCCCCACUCCCCCGGUCCCAAGACACAGGAAGAGCCACAGCCUGGGCAACAAUAUGAUGUGUCAGUUGAGUGUAGUUGAGAGUAAAAGUGCGACAUUCCCAUCGGAGAAAGCGAGGCACCUGCUGGACGACAGUGUCCUAGAGUCCCGCAGCCCUCGCAGGGGCCCCGCCCUCACCUCCUCCUCCGCCGUCACCAAUGGACUCUCGCUAGGCAGUAGUGAGAGCUCUGAGUUUAGUGAAGAAAUGUCUUCAGGGCUGGAAAGCAGGGGACGUCUCUACGCCACGCUGGGGCCCAACUGGAGGGUUCCAAUUCGGAAUUCUCCCAGGACCCGGAGCUGCGUCUACAGCCCCACCGGCCCCUGCAUCUGUGCGCUGGGGAGCUCGGCGGCCGUGCCCACCAUGGAGGGGCCUUUGAGAAGGAAGACUCUGCUCAAGGAAGGACGGAAGCCCACACUGUCCUCCUGGACCAGGUACUGGGUCAUCCUGUCAGGAUCCACCCUCCUGUACUAUGGAGCCAAGUCCCUGCGGGGCACAGACAGGAAACACUACAAAUCCACGCCUGGCAAAAAGGUCUCCAUCGUGGGCUGGAUGGUGCAGCUGCCGGAUGACCCCGAGCACCCGGACAUCUUCCAGUUGAACAACCCUGACAAAGGCAAUGUUUACAAGUUCCAGACUGGCUCCAGGUUUCAUGCAAUACUGUGGCACAAGCAUUUGGACGAUGCAUGUAAAAGCAACAGGCCUCAGGUACCUGCAAACCUCAUGUCAUUUGAGUAAGUCUCUGCACCUGGCGUGGCUUCAGAGGCUCCUGGGAGCCCCGACGGGACUGUGGUGAGUGCAGGUCCCGGGCACAGGCCACUGGCCCGGCGCUGGGAGACUCACAGCUGGACUCCAGGCGAUGCCGCCUGUGGCCUCCCAGCCCAGAGGCGCCCUCGGCGCCAACCCCAGCGACUCUCACGACCCUCAUUCAGCAGCUCCGUCGUCCUCCCUCUCUGGGCUCGUACAUCCCUCAGCUGCUGCUGCGACCAGAGCAUUCAGCCGAGUGGGCCCAGUGCUUUCUCCUGCACAAAGGAGUGGACAGUGUUAACUGCGUGAGGGGCCAGAGAGCAGCACAGGCUGUGGAACUGGCUUUUACACCCCAAGUGCACGGGGUUGCUCGCCCACAGGGUCCCCUCAAAUUUUGUACAACCCGAAGCGUCCUCUGAGCGUGCGUGCUGUGUACGUGUGCACACGAGUGAGCGUGAACUCUUUGAGAAACAUGCAUUUUGGCACAAGGUGCGUGACAUCACACACUUCAUUGGCUUCGAGGCCCUGCUUUAACCUUACGUGACAGCCUUGUCCACCAAGGAAGGUCGGAGUGGGAGCCCAGAUCCCUCCUGUGUUAAGGGCCCCUUGCAUUCUUUUACUGUAAACAAACAAUGCCUUAA